AGCAGAGUACACAACAUUAUAUAUAUAUAUUAAUAUAUAUACACUUAUAUAUUUUGGGCACCGAUUUUUACACAAUCAAGACAAAAACCAACAACAAGAAGACAAAAAUUAUAUCGUAAAAGACACGAAAACAAUCACAAAAACUAAGAGUUUCAAAAUCAAAAUUGAAAAUAACAACUAGAGGUUAAGGCUACUUAAGGAUUUAGGCAACAGCAAUUACAACACCAACGGAUUUUCUACCAAAUUAGGAGGAAGCGAGAAGCCAACACAGCAAACAGAGGACGCAAAUCAAUUUAUACCUCACCCCCUUACUCAAACACACCCACACACACACUCAUACACUAAGUUUAAGGCGCAACUGUACAUUGUACUUAAGUGUUCAAAGGAUAUUUAGUUUACUUUGUAUAUAGGAAAGUAGCUAAAAGCACACGGAGUCGAGUCACAGUCACUAGCAACUAAGUAAGCGCUAUCAACAGUAACAGUUCGAGGCAACAGUCAGGAGUCAGGAGAAACAACAAAAAUGACGAUGAGUACAAAUAACUGCGAAAGCAUGACGUCAUACUUCACAAACUCGUAUAUGGGAGCGGACAUGCACCAUGGCCACUAUCCGGGCAACGGGGUCACCGAUCUCGAUGCACAGCAGAUGCAUCACUACAGCCAGAAUCCAAAUCAGCAGGGCAACAUGCCCUACCCGCGCUUCCCGCCCUACGAUCGCAUGCCCUACUACAACGGCCAGGGCAUGGACCAGCAGCAGCAGCAGCAGCAUCAGGGCUACUCGCGCCCCGACAGCCCUUCGAGUCAGGUGGGCGGCGUUAUGCCGCAGGCCCAAACAAACGGCCAGCUGGUCCAACAGCAGCAGCAACAGUCACAGCAGCAACAGGCGCAAUCACAACAGCAACAGCAGCAGCAGCAGGCGCAACAGGCGCCGCUGCAGCAGCAACAUCCUCAGGUGACGCAACAGGUGACACAUCCGCAGCAGCAACAGCCCGUCGUCUAUGCCAGCUGCAAGCUGCAGGCAGCCGUUGGCGGCUUGGGCAUGGUCCAAGAGGGAGGCUCUCCACCACUGGUCGAUCAGAUGGGCGGACAUCAUAUGAAUGCGCAGAUGACGCUGCCCCAUCACAUGGGUCAUCCGCAGGCACAGCUGGGCUACACAGAUGUUGGUGUUCCCGAUGUGACAGAGAUGCAUUCGCAGGUGCAUCAGAACCACCACAACAUGGCUAUGUACGGCCAACAGCAGACAGGUGUGCCGCCGGUGGUUGCACCGCCUCAGGCGAUGAUGCAUCCGGGCGCAGGACAGGGGCCGCCGCAGAUGCACCAAGGACAUCCCGGACAGCAUACGCCUCCAUCCCAAAAUCCGAGUUCGCAGUCCUCAGGGAUGCCGUCUCCACUGUAUCCCUGGAUGCGAAGUCAGUUUGGUAAGUGUCAAGAGCGCAAACGCGGCCGCCAGACCUAUACACGCUACCAGACGCUGGAGCUGGAGAAGGAGUUCCAUUUCAACCGCUACUUGACGCGCCGACGACGCAUCGAAAUCGCGCACGCUCUCUGCCUGACCGAGCGCCAGAUCAAGAUCUGGUUCCAGAACCGACGCAUGAAGUGGAAGAAGGAGAACAAGACGAAGGGCGAGCCCGGCUCCGGCGGCGAGGGAGACGAGAUAACGCCACCCAACAGCCCCCAGUAGAUGCAACGCCUCGAGCGAGAAUAUAGCGGGGUAGACGUUCAUGGUGGAGUAGUCCAAAUCCAAGUCGAAGUCCAACUCCAGGGCCAAGGCCAAGUCCAUGUUGAAGGAGGAACAGCGAAGCCAGCGCAAAACUAAAUGAAAUUUCAAGCUAAAUACAAUUUACAAUUUAUGAAUUUGUUUUGAACUAUCCAAGAGAGGACUAUCUGCGGCGUUGCUAGAGUGCAGCGAAACAACAGUGAACACUGAACACUGAACACUGAACAAUACACAACAACACUAAACUACAAAACACUACAACUUAGUUAAUUGUUAUUAUUUUCUUUUUAUUAUUUAAUUUUUACAAAAUGCAAAUGGAGAAAGCGUAAUAAGUUAAAUAAAAAUACAAUUAAAGCGUAAAACUCAACAAAACCAACUCA